GCGCCGGCCGGAGCGACGAGCAGCGCUCAGCGGGUCCCGAGCCCUCCCCGCACACAAAGGCCCGCGCGCCCGCGCCCGCGGUGGGGUCGGACCCGCCCAGCUGUUCCGUGGGCCGGGAGCUGCAAGGACAGAGGAGGCGCCCUUCCUGCUCCGUUCGCCGGGACAUGGAGCCGCGCCGACGCGGCGCCCGCGCGCCCGGGCCGCUGCCCGCCGCCCUGGAUCUAUAGUCGCCGCGACUCGCGUCCGCCGCCUCUGCGCCCUGCCCGGCACCCUGGAGCCGCACGGGACCCUGCCGACCCCGCUGCGUCCGGCGCGGCGCCCCGGAACCCCGAGCCCGCCGCGCCCCGACUGCGCGCCCUAGGGCCGGCGUGAGCGCACCCGGCCGCGGCGCCCCGGAGCCCAGCCUCCCGGAGGAGCCUCGGCGCCCCGGCCCGUCCCGUCCCAUUCGCCCCGGAGCGCGCAGCGCCGGAGCAGCCUCGCCAUGGGCGCGCGCCGGGACUUGGUGUGGAAGUACUGCUGGGGAGUGUUGAUGGUUUUAUGCAGAACUGCGAUCUCCAGAUCCAUAGUUUUAGAGCCUAUCUAUUGGAAUUCCUCAAACUCCAAAUUUCUACCUGGACAAGGACUGGUACUAUACCCACAGAUAGGAGACAAACUGGAUAUUAUUUGCCCCAAAGUGGACUCUAAAACUGUUGGCCAAUAUGAAUAUUAUAAAGUUUAUAUGGUUGAUAAAGACCAAGCAGACAGAUGCACUAUUAAAAAGGAGAAUACUCCUCUGCUCAACUGUGCCCGGCCAGACCAAGACGUGAAAUUUACAAUCAAGUUUCAAGAGUUCAGCCCUAACCUCUGGGGUCUAGAAUUUCAGAAGAACAAAGAUUACUACAUUAUAUCUACAUCAAAUGGGUCUUUGGAGGGCCUGGAUAACCAGGAGGGAGGGGUAUGCCAGACGAGAGCCAUGAAGAUCCUCAUGAAAGUUGGACAAGAUGCGAGUUCUGCUGGAUCCACUCGGAACAGCGGUCCCACGAGACGUCCAGAACUAGAAGCUGGUACAAAUGGAAGAAGUUCAACAACAAGUCCCUUUGUAAAACCAAAUUCAGGUUCCAGCACAGACGGCAGCAGUGCCGGACAUUCGGGGAACAACCUCCUCGGUUCCGAAGUGGCCUUAUUUGCAGGGAUAGCGUCAGGGUGCAUCAUCUUCCUCGUCAUCAUCAUCACGCUUGUGGUCCUGCUGCUCAAAUACCGCCGACGGCACCGAAAGCACUCACCCCAGCAUACCACCACGCUGUCUCUGAGCACGCUGGCCACGCCCAAGCGCGGUGGUGGUGGUGGCAACAACAAUGGCUCGGAGCCCAGCGACAUCAUCAUCCCGCUCAGGACUGCGGAUAGCGUCUUCUGCCCGCACUACGAGAAGGUGAGCGGGGACUACGGGCACCCGGUGUACAUAGUCCAGGAGAUGCCCCCGCAGAGCCCCGCCAACAUUUACUACAAGGUCUGAGGCCCGGUACCUUCCCUCCCAGACCUGGGUGGCCGCUGCUGCUGCCACCAACGCCUCGUCGUCGUGGUCGCUUGGUCGCCCGGUAGCCUGGUCUGACUGAGCCCGGUCGCGGAGCCGGAGAGCCUCACGCUGGAGAAGCCCUGGAGCUGGACAGCUUUGUAGUCUGUAGCAUUUCGGCCUUGGUGACCGGUGACCGCACAUCUUCCCCAGGAGCUGGAAGACUGUGGCCGCAGGUGCCACUUGGACAGAUGGCAGCACACGUCCCCAAGCCAUGAGCCACGGUCUCGCAGGCCUCGGGGCACACGAGGAGGUGCGGACAGGGCCGGGCUGUGCAAGCCCAGCCUCUCUGCUCAGCAUCUCGCCUGCCGGGUGUGUGGACUUGGCCCUUGGACCUCGGGCUAAGUGUGGCUUCCCAAGAUCAUUAGCGUUCAGUCCUCACUGUCUCACUCCUUCUGUUCCCCAGGGCUCUGCUGCACCUCGCCGAGCCCUCCCUUACCCCCUCAUCCUGCGUCACUCCUGGGACACGCUGUGAGUGGCCUGCUCUGAGUGAGCAGGGUUCAUUUUGGAAAGCUGGAGGGUAUCCUGUCGGCCAGCCAGGCCACCAUUGAGGAAGAGGAGGAGCAGUGGGGAGAGGCUGACUGCCUUUGACCCAGAGAGGGACGAAGGAAUGGAGCCCAGGCAGGGCUGAGGUUCAGGGAGACAGCAGAACCAGGGGGCAUCGGGUGGGCGGGCAGGGUGAUGUGGGCUCGGCCAUCCGCCAAGGCAGGGCAGGGCAGGGCAGGGCAGGGAAGGGCAGGGCAGGGCAGGGCAGGGCAGGACGAUCGCGGUACUGGAAUCAGACGCACAACUCUGGAGCUGUAGGGAGUCGGUCUGCUCAGGGCAAGGUGGGAGCAGACUCCGCUGCUAUACUUACACAUGUGAUGAAACACAGGGAAAGCGUUUAGAAUAGCAGAGAGCCAAAUCUGACCCAGACAUCAAAAAGCCAAAAGGUCUGGCAGGCUGUGGUUCCAGUCUCCACCAAUGUCAGUCAAGAAUUCUCAGAUCCACAAAGGUAGGUCAGAUCCCCCAUCCCCAGAGCCUGGUCUCUGCCUCGCCCCCUUGAGCCUUACAUACUCUGGUUGAUGGCGGUGCUGGCGAUGCUGCCGGGGCUGCAAGCGAGGCUGUGGGGGGACAGGGUCUAAGAGAAGCACAUGGCAAACCUCUCAGAGUCCUUAAGACAGAAGUCCAUGACGAUGUUGAGGGGAGAAGGAAGAUAGGACGUAUUUAUAAUAGGUAUAUAGAGCGCAGGGGAUAUAAGAUGAAAGAUUUUUACUAAUAUAUAUUUUAAGAUUGCACACAGUACACACCAGAAGAUGUGAAAUUUUAUUUGUGGCAAUUAAGCAAUCCUGAGGCUCAGUGCUUUAAAAAAAAUUAAAAACAAACAAAAUUGGUCAGCUCCUGGGGAACACAAAACAAAAAACCAGUAACCACUCCAGAAAUAAUAAUCGUGAGAGUUAAAAGGAAAUGACAGUCCUCAGAAGGCAACUCACAGAACUGGUGACUGGGAAAUGCAAGCAUGCAAGCCCCAACAUGGGACAUCAGUGCGACUGUGUCAUCCAACCUGGACAGGGUGUCCGGGUGCCCGUCUCUGUGUCGGGUUUUUCCUUGCCUUAUGGGCUGGAGUGUUCCCUAGUAUCCAGGAGGUCACCCAGAGGUGGUGCCACAUGGUAGUAGCUGUGACCCCUUCUCCUCUCCCUUCCCCCUUCCCAUCCCACUCUUGCAGCAGAAACCGAGAAGAGGAGACAGGAAACCUCCUUUUUUUAUGUGCUAUGCAAAAUAGACAUCUUUAACAGAGUCCUGUUACUAUGGUAACACUUUGCUUUCUGAAUUGGGAGGAGAAAAAAGAAAGGAAGAAAGAAGUGUAGCGACAGCGUUUUGAAGGUUCUCAGACCUCCAGUGAGUACCUACAAAAAAGCGAGUUGUCACAAAAAUGACUAGUCCCCAUUUCCUGAACCUGAAAAUGUUGGUCCAAAGUGCGUGUGUGUAUGGAUGAGUGGGUGUGUGCCGUACACGUGUACAUAUAUGUAUAAUAUAUAUCUCCAAUAUAUAUUAUAUAUAUUUAUAUCAUAGUUCUGGGGAGGGUUGCCAUGGUGACCAGCCGCAGUCCAUAUGUAAUUCUUUCCAUCACCCCUGCCUCUCCUUUCUGUGCAUUCAUACAAGAUUUUUCUUGUAAGCCAUCUGAAAUUCCUCGUAGGAUUGGGGAGAGGGACGAGGAGGGAAAACAUGGCAAAAAAAAAGGUCUGAUUUUGAUGAAAUCAAGUGUGUGUAUCCUCAGUUGGCUACCUUUGGGUUAUGUGCUAAACUGUGAAAAAGAAAAAAAAAAAGUUACCCACAACCAAUUGAAAAUGGAAGUGUUCUGUGUGUCUGUUUUGUGUCUGGUGCAAAAAAUGACAAUCUACCAACUGUCCCCUUCCUGGAGUUGGUUCCGCUCUGGAAAGUUACUGUAAAUGCCUUGCUUGUAUCUCAUCCCUGGUCUUCGGGAUCACACCGCCAUGCUGAAGCGAAGAAGGUGUAAAUAGGUUCCGAAUUUCCUGUCCUUGGAUUUGGGGUGUUACAGUAGCCUUAUUCACGUUUUUAAUAAAAAAAAAAAAUACACAUGAAAACAAGACAGAAAUGGCUUUUCUUAUCCAGAUUGUGUACAUAGAGCAAUGUUGGUUUUUUAUAAAGUCUAAGCAAGAUGUUUUGUAUAAAAUCUGAAUUUUGCAAUGUAUUUAGCUACAGCUUGUCUAACGGCAGUGUCAUUUCCCCUUUGCACUGUAAGAGGAAAAAAUGGUAUAAAAGAUUGCCAAAUUGCUGCAUAUUUGUGCCGUAAUUAUGUACCAUGGAUAUUUAUUUAAAAUUUCGUUGUUCAGUUUGUAAGUAACACAGUAUUAUGCUUGAGUUAUAAAUAUUUUUUCUUCCUUUGUUUUAUUUUAAUAGCCUGUCAGAGGUUUUCAGUCUGCUUUAGUUCCACAUCACAGUUAGCUCUUCAGAACACAAGACCCGUGAAGUCACAUUCCACAUCUGUUUCAAAGCCGAAUUUGUUCUUAAAAAAAUAAAAUAUUUUUUUCCUAUGGAAAA